AUGUGCGUCCUGGAAGGACGGUCCCCUCCCUCCCUCCCUCAAGAUGGCGGUGGUGCCUGCCCUGCGGCUGGCGGCCCAGCGGCUGGGUAUGGGUCUGGGUCCGGGUCCGGGUUCUCCGCCGCGCAGGGCUCUCUGGGACGGCCUGAGGAAAAAGGAAAAAGAAGAACCAGAAAAAAUAGUUGCUGAAGAGAAAAAGGAGCCACCCAGGCUGGUGUGUCCCCCACCACCCAGCAGGAGCUAUCUUCCCCCCGCAGACUUGCAGAGCCGCCUCCAGUCCCACGUCAGGGAGGUGUUUGGCGCAUCGCUCCCUGAGCAGUGGCAGCAGGCACCCCUUGAUGACUUAAAGCGGAAGUACCACCUCCUGUCCCAGCUGGCAGCAGAGCUGGGCCACGCUGUCCCCAACUCACAGCUCCACCUGAUGCGCACUGCUGGGGAUGUCCUGGAUUUCUACAGCACUCCUGUGAAGGACGCCUCCAAGUUGGAUGAACUGUGUGCAGCAAAGCUGCCCCACAACCUGAAGAUCAUGAGGAAGCAGUGAGGCACCACCAAGCAGUGUGUUGGUUUUGCCUUUCCUGAGGCACGGCCACCAGGUGGUAGCAACCAGAUAUACGAAUGUCACUAAUUAAAAGUUCGUGUAAUUGUC